CAAGAUUUGACCUGAUGAUUGCAAACAAAUUUGCAACUGGAUGAUAAAGUUGAUGUGCACUUAUAAUGUCGCAAUGAUUCAAGCUGCUUCUUCAUAACAAGUUGGCAAAUUUGCUCGUCAUGCUAGUAUUGGACAUUAAAUUUCACAGUUUUGAAAAACACUCUAGUUGGGGAAAUUUCGAUCGUCACUGGUUAUGUUGUCAUAGUAAUAGUUUGUCGGUACUAUGAUAUCUGGAAAACUAAAGAACUUUCGCAAAACGAUAGAAGACGUACGUGAAGGAAAAGAGCAUGCAUUAGAGGCCAUCCGUAAAGACCUGACUUCGAUUCCUUACAUCCCAGAGCUUGCAAAGUUGGAUCAUUUGCGUUCCCUAACUCUGUCUCACAAUAAAAUAACGGAAAUACCUCAAGAGAUAUCAACUCUACAAACUUUAGAACACCUGAAUCUCUUUAAUAAUUGUAUUAUGAAUAUCUCUCCAAAGAUUGUAGAGUUAACAUAUUUGCGAUCUUUAAAUCUUGGGAUGAAUAAGCUGUCUGUCUUACCUCGCGGUUUCGGUGCUUUCCCUUCCCUCGAAAUUCUCGACUUGACGUAUAAUAACUUAAAAGAAACUAGUUUACCUGAUAAUUUCUUCAACUUGGUAACACUUAGGGCUCUAUACUUGUCAGACAAUGAUUUCGAACACAUUCCACCUGGCAUUGGAAAGCUUUUGAAUUUGGAAAUAUUGGCUCUUCGUGACAAUGACCUUGUGUCACUACCAGCAGAGAUAUGUUUACUUACCAGACUAAAGGAACUCCAUCUUCAGAACAAUCGCCUUGCUGUACUGCCUCCUGAAUUAGGUAUACUUGAUCUCUGUGGGCCUAAACAGGUAGCUAAACUAUCAGGCAAUGAUUGGGUUUCACCAAUAGAGGAUCAAUUACAAGUUGGUCUCUCUCACGUCUUUGAUUAUAUUCGGUCAGAGACAUACAAAUUCUUAUACCAACGACACAUAGCAGCUGAUAAUAAACCAAGACCAAUUGCUGAUAAAUCAAAAAAAAUCAGUCGCAAAGUUCAAUGAAGCUUAAUCUUGUUUGGCACCUAGAACCAACUAGUAAUACUUUCUUUAGGCUUAAAUAUGCUAAUCGAUUAGCUUUUUUCUCCGUGCAAAAUGUUCUAAUAAUAUAUGUUUUUAACAAAUACAAAUCAAGAUCACAUAAUUUGUUUAAACAAGUGCUUUUUUCUAUUAUUAUUUAAUUACUUUUUCAUGAAUACAUUUGUUUGAAAUAUAAAGUCAACUUUUUAUAACAAGGUUAUUAAGCCUCUUUUAAACAUGUUCUAUUUAUUGUAGUUUAUUGUCUCUAUAACAGUUCUUAUUUUUUGUUUACCAAGCUAAUCUUUUUUUUGUGUAUGGCGAAUAUUUCUUUGUUCUAAUUAUUUCGAAAAAUUCAAUGUUCUGUUGUCUUUAUCCAGUUGCUUUUUAAUUCUCUUCAUUAUUUUGUGCCUGAUAUUCAUUAUAACUAUAUUUGGGUUUUUGUUCUAUAAAAUUUAAUACAAUAUUUACAGUGG